AAGGUAAGAAAAAAGAUGACAGCAAGUGCAGAUGAUUUUCAAGUUCAGGAUCUUCUGAAGAAGAAGAAGAAAAAGAAAAAAUACAAAGAACAUAAGGAACAUGAAAAUGAUGAAAGAGAAAGCGUACAGGAUGCAGAGCUUUGCUCUGCUUCUCUACUUUUGCUUGAAGAUCAAGCAGCACAGAGUGGUGAAGGCUUUAAAAAGGAGAAAAGAAAAAAGAAGCAGGAGAAGCAGCAGUCUUUGUUAGGUAAUUCUUGUGUGGAACUGGAAAGUGACAUUAGUAAUGAAACUGGAGUGGAUGCUUCCCAAAAGAAAAAGAAGAAAAAGAAGUGGAAGCAUAAUGAUAAUACGGAUGAGGAAAGUAACGCUGUAUCUUGUAUCACAGUAAAUCAGAGUUGCUCUGAUAUUUGUCAGGAGAUUAACACUGAUUACGUUUAUUUAAAGCUACCUGUGAAGAACAAAAGAAAAGAGAAAUUACCUGAAGAGGAUGAGGUGGGUGAGCUGCCUGAAUCCAUUUAUUUAGAACCACCUGUAAAGAAGAAGAAAAGAAAAGAGAAAUUACCUAAAGAGGAUGAGGUAGGUGACCUGCCUGAAUCCACUUAUUUAGAACCACCUGUAAAGGUGAAGAAAAAAAAAGAGAAAUUACCUAAAGAGGAUGAGGUAGGUGAGCUGCCUGAAUCCACAUGUUUAGAACCACCUGUAAAGAUGAAGAAAAGAAAAGAGAAAUUAUCUGAAGAGGAUGAGGUACAUGAGCUUCCUACCUCAGAAACACAUGACAGAAAUGGCAGUGAAGGAUCACCAAGCAAGGAGAAUAUAUGCAGCAUUAUCCUAGUUAUACAAGAAGAAGCAGAUGUAACUGUUGACCAGUCACUGUUGUCACCUGCAGAGCAAAACAGGCAAGGGAAAGGCACAGAGCUGCCAUUAGCUACAGAAGCGGAUGGUGUGGCAUUGUCCCAGCAAUGCCAUGAUGACGGUGACUGUGAUGCUUCUCCUGCCAGGAGAGAAGAUUCUAUGGUUGUACCUGCUAAUUUGUCUAAGGUGACUAAAGCAGCUAAUCGGCCUUCUAAAUAUCGUUCAGUGCGCUCUAAGAAGAGAAAAAGCAAAGCUUAUAUCACAGAUGAAGGCUCUUCAGAUUCUGAUGUAACGGCACCAGAACCAUUGGCAUUAAAUAGAAGGGAGGACCAGAAUAGUUCCUUUAGUAGAACAGUAACCACAGAUGAUGGCAAUCUGGAUGAUGAUGAUGAUGAUGACCUGGACUCUACCAUAUCUUUCAUGGAUUUGGAUACCGCAAAACGGGAACUGGAAGAGUUUAUUCCUCAUGUGAGGAAUAUGUCAGACAGUUCAGUCAUGAAGAUGGCUGGAAGCGACCUAGUGAGGUUUAAAGAGUUUAAAAAACAAGGUAUUGCUGUCAAGUUUGGCAGAUUUUCCGAGAAGGAGAAUAAUCAAAUCCGGAAAAAUAUUGGAGAGUUCUUAGAAAUGACUGGGAUAGAUAGUGCUGAGAAAGUCCUGUUUACCUCGAGGUAUCCAGAAGAGAGAAGAACCAUCAAUCGUAUAAAAGCAAAACAUCAAUUUUUUGAAAAAAUUGCUGAGGGCAUACCACGACCCUGGGCACUGGUAUACUACCGAGCAAGGAAGAUCUUUGACCCACAUAAUUAUAAAGGGAGGUACACUAAUGAAGAAAAAGAAAAAUUGAAGCAGUAUCAUGCUCUGCAUGGCAAUAAUUGGAAGAAGAUUUCUCAAAUGAUGUCCCGUUCUAACCUCUCACUUGCUAUGAAAUACUCUGAACUCAAGUCAGCUACUAAUUACGGCCCUUGGUCAGCGGAAGAGAUCCAGAAGUUGAUGUGUGCAGUGGAGGAGGUGAUUAGGAAAAGAAUAGGAGUGGAAGAUGGAAAUCCAGAUAGAGAGAUCGUAGUUGACCGUGAGAAACUGUACCAGAAAUUACCAUGGUCUGAAAUUGAAACUAAAGUGGGAACACGAUAUUGGAGACAAUGUAAACAGAAAUGGCUUACAAUUUUAAAAAACAAGUUGAACAGAGGACGGCAGUUAUGUAGGGGGACCAAAGGAUUACAAGCCAAAAUCAAUCUUAUUAAAAGGUUGCAUGAACUGAACGUGGAGGAUCCUAGUGAAGUAAAGUGGGAAGAAUUUAGUGAUAUUAUCGGAGAUGUCCCUAAAGAGUACAUUCAAGAAAAAUUUUAUAAGCUAAAAGUUUCCUUUGUCCCUUUAUGGCGAAGAAAGACUUUUUCCGAAAUUAUUGAUUACCUUUAUGAAAAGAAACUUCCAGAAUUUGAAAAAAGGCUUGAAAAAGAUAAGGAGAAAAACCCUAGUUCUGACAUCUCAGAACCUGUGCAACAGAAGAAGGAGCUCCUAUUCAGUGACAUUUUUGACACCAGUGAAGACAGCGAUUGACUGCCCUAAAGACAGUACCUAGUGUCCACAUUGAACUAUAAAAUGGAUGUGGUUGAAAGUGGGCACAGACUAACAACUGCAGGUACACAGGGCAUCUAGUGAUGGAGAAAGUAAAGAUACAUAUGUCUGAUUCUCUUGUUUCAUAUUGAAGGCAGGUAAAUACAGUUUAAGCAUUCAACUUUUUGAAUGUCUCAAAACCGGUAUUUUUCCACUACUUUGUUUUCUGUGGAGUUGAAAGCUGCUCUUUAGCCUUUAUGCAUAAGCUUGGUUUUCAGAACUUUAAUAUGUUUUAAGUAAUUUUUUAAAAUAUCAGUGACUUGGGAAAGGACUUUUAGUUUGCUUUAAAAUCUCUGUAAUAAACAUCUUAAUUGUCUGUUUUAAUGGAAAAAGCACGACUUUGUGUUGUUUUGGGGUUGUUUUUUUAACAGGUGUCUUGUUCUUAAAAGCAACUGAUUUUUAUUUUUGAUGUAGACUGACACUGUUAUCAGCCUUAUGGAGAAAACGGAUUUUUGUCCAUUGCUAUUCAUAAAUGAUAAUCUCAUUUCAUGCAAAGCAGAACAAUGCAUUUAAAAUGGUUUUGUUAAUACUUGGAAUACAGAGACAAAAUAGUGUGUGUGUGUAUAUAGAUUUAUACUUCUAUUGUGCCAAGGAGAGCUUCUACAUUGUAAUAAGAAAAUUGAGGGGUAAGAUGAGGUUGUAUUUAUGGCUUUCUACGAUACAUCUGU